CGCCCCUGGCUGCCUUAGGCUGGGAGAGCGGCUGUGCCCGCGCUGCUGCCUGCCGAGCUCGUGCCGACGCCGCUGCCGGGGAGCGGGCGGAGCGCGGGAGCCGCCGCCGUCGGGGUUGAUUUUUUUUAUCUUCUGUUUUGAGGAUGACACCAAAACACGAAAAACAGGAAUUUGUAACUGUCCUGGUACGGGACCCUAGGAUACAGAAGGAAGACUCUUGGCAUUCACACAUAAACUAUGAAAUAUUCAUUCAUACAAAUAGCAUGUGCUUUACAAGGAAAACAUCUUGUGUUAGACGACGCUUUCGAGAAUUUGUAUGGCUGCGACAGAGACUUCAGAAGAAUGCUGUGCUACUCCAAUUACCUGAACUUCCAUCUAAAACUCCCUUUUUUAAUAUGAAUAAUCCCCAUCACGUGGACCAUCGUCGACAGGGCCUACAAGAAUUUCUUGAGAAGAUCCUACAAAAUGCAUUAUUGCUUUCGGACAGUAGACUUCACCUCUUCUUACAGACUCAGCUAAGUCCAGAAGAUAUUGAGGCUUGUGUAUCUGGACAGACAAAAUAUUCUGUUGCUGAUGCAAUUCAUAAGUUUGCCUCUUUGAAACGACGUUUUCCUAUUGAAGAUGAAGAGAGAAAAAGAGGGAAAAAUGAGGCAGAUUCUGAUUCAGAGAGUUCAUCCUCUGGGCUUGGACACAGUAGUGAUGACAGCAUUUCACAUGGAUGUAAAGCAAGCACAGUCCCUGAAGAAUCCUGAAAAAUCACUUGUAUAUUGCCAUCCUAAGACCUGCAAAAUAAUGUUCUCUCAAUUUUCAAACCAUAGCUUUGAAACUGUUUCUUUGUUGCUUUUAUUAAAUUGCACUGAUUUAUUUUUACGUUGCCUAUUACAUUUAGGUUUAUGCAGCCAUUAAAAUCUUGACAAAUAUUGGGCUAGUGGUGUUCUAUUGCCAUAUAUGGCUGAUAAAAUAUUUCCCUGGGUGACGAUGUAUUUUAGAUCUUAAAAAAUAAAGGUAUUUUACAUUAGUUUAAAAGUGGUGUAUCAAAUGAAAAUAUACUCAAAGCAACUUUGUGUACUUUAUACCAGAGAAGUUUCACUCUAAACAGUUGUGUGACAUUGGUAAUGAAGUUUUAUAUAGACCACAAGGUAUUAACUUUUUAAAAUAGCAUGGUGACUUGAGGAAAACAGAAUCUGUACUAUUUGUUGCUGACAAUUGGAGAUAUAGGCUGAGGGAAGAUCGUCUUUCUCCAAUGUUUAUGGAAAACUUGCUCUUAUUAUGCACAAGAGCCAGAUUCCAACAUUUUCAAACAUAGAUGCCUAAAGUUAGGCACAUAAAUAAAUGUGACAUGAUUUCAAGGGGUGCUGAAAACCUUCAGCUCUCAUGGAAGGUAGUGGGAGUUAUGGUUGCUCUCUCCCUGCAAAAAUCAUGUGUAAAAUCUGGCCCCACUGAAGUCAAUAGGCAUUUUGCACUGACUUCGACAGAGUCAACAUUUCACUCUAGGUAUCUAACUUUAGGGACCUAUGUUUGAAAAUGUUAGCUAAGUGUUCUAGGUUAACAUUUUAAAUGAAGUGAAACUGUCUUUCCGAAAGGAUGAUAGUCACAUAGAUAUAACACAUUGUUCAAAUGUAGAACUCUAAGCUAUUGGGUACAAACUGAAAUGAAUGGAGUUUUUAAUUUCACUUUUACUGUAGUAAAAACAUUGAAAUAUUGACUUUUUCACAAAUAGCAGGCUUGAACACAACUUUUUAACCACAAACAUUUGUUAUAAUCUACUUUGCUCUUUAUAGCAGCAACUAUGAGUUAGCUUGUCCCAGAGCCUGUCAAUAGAAAAUGUUUCAGUGUUUGUUUAUAUUUGACGUUUAACUGCUAUUAAAGACAAGGUAGUGGGCCUGAUCCUGUUCUAUUGAAAUAAUGGCAAAACUCCUCCGGAUUUCAGUGCUGCAAGUUCAGGUCCAGUAUGGAUUUUUGUCUCUGACAAAGAUACAGUAGUUAGUAUCUUUUAACCUGUGAAUUACACAGAAACAAUAUAUAAUUAAUUGGCCAGCUAAUAAAAGUUAGUGCGGAUGUGUUUUUAAAGCAUCCUCCUGGGAAUCUGUUUAGUUUUAGAAAGGUGUGUCUUAAGAGCUUGAGGAUAACAUUUCAUCUUUUAGGUAAUUAUUCUGAACCAGUUUUCUCUUCAAGGUAGCACUUUCAUAAGAUAAAAAUCUGUUUCUUUUGCUCAGUUUUGUUGAAUUGCACAAAUAUGUCUAGUCACCAUCUCUGCUUGUGUGUAGAAGGGUCAACAAAAUAUUUUCAUAUAACAGCACUAACAUUAAUUAAAGUAACAAGUUAUCAUGGCAAGAUAACUUCUAUUGCAAAGUGCAGACUUUUUGGGGGCGGGGAAGAUGUUGCCUCAUUGAUAGACUUAUUAUUUAGCAAAGCUGCCCAUAACAUCAGCAAAAAAAUCUUGAAAUGAACAAAAACUGAGAAUGGGAUAAUUUUUUAGAGAAGGAAAUUAUCAUUUUGUUUUACCAUACUAUAGUAUUGGGUUUUUUUAUUUAAAUGUUGAGCUAGAUCAUUGAAUGCACUUUACACUUUGUGGCCUGCUAACACAUAUCCUGACUGUCUGUUUAAAUGUAAGAGUUGGAGAACCUUUGUGACUACUUAUUAUAAUUCAGGGAUCUUGUCUUUUGUGUAUUAAGGAGAUUUUGCAAAGCAGCCUGUUUCAGUGAUAAAUACUUGGGAUUCAUCAUAAUUGUAUUAUUAUUAACUUUAUCAUACUCUUCACAAGUUAGAUCUGUGCUCUAAAAUCUGUUCCAUUAUCAUCAUCUUGUCCUGCAUGGAAAUUUAUUUAAAAUGUUACUCUUUUGAGUUCUCUGUAUACCUAGUAUUAGUGAAAAUGUUCGUGUUAAAUGAUAAUGAAGAAUACUCUGUUCUAGGGUUUAUUUACCAAGAAAAAACAAUUGUAAAUGUUUUAGGAUAUGUUUCUUAUUUUGUGAAAUUUAAAUAUAAAACUUCUUAAAAUUUU